UGGAGAGGGACCAUGGGCUGCUUUUUUUCGAAGAGAAGAAAACAGGCCAAAGAGCCGCAGCUCGGUGCUGACAGCGGCGACCGAAAUGCUGCUGGCGAUGCGGGAACUGAGAAGCAGCCGCAGUACAGUUGGGACCAGCGAGCCAAGAUUGAUCCAAAAGACUAUAUGUUUUCUGGACUCAAGAAUGAAACAGUGGGACGUUUACCUGGGAAAGUUGGAGGUCAACAGUUUGUUAUUCAGGACUGUGAGAACUGCAAUAUCUACAUCUUUGACCACUCAGCUACAAUCACUAUUGAUGACUGUACGGGCUGCCGAAUCUUUUUAGGACCUGUAAAAGGCAGUGUGUUUUUCCGUGAUUGCAAGGACUGUAAAUGUAUAGUGGCUUGCCAACAGUUUCGUACAAGGGACUGCAGGAAGAUGGAAGUGUUUUUGUGCUGUGCCACCCAACCCAUUAUAGAAUCCUCUACAGGUAUGAAGUUUGGAUGUUUCCAGUACUACUAUCCAGAGCUGGCUUUGCAGCUGAAAGAUGCUGGUCUGAGUAUCUUCAACAACACAUGGAGUAAUAUCCAUGACUUCACUCCAGUUUCAGGAGAGAACAAUUGGGGUCUUCUACCAGAGGAUGCUCUAGCUCAGGAUGCAGUACCCCUUCCAACAACUGAAGAACUGAAGGCUGUGAGAAUUUCAACUGAUGCCAACAAGAGCAUAAUUCCAGUAACACGGGGGCAACGUCCAAAGUGCAGCGAGGAGUCUUGCCUGGUAGUGUUCUUUGCUGGGGAUUAUGCAACUGCAAAUGCUAGGAAAUUGAUUGAUGAGAUGACUGGAAGAGGCUUCUCCUUGGUACAGACUAAGGAAGUUCCAAUGAAAGCUGAUGAUGCACAAAGGGUAUUCCAGCAAAAAGCAUCUGACUUUAUUUCUUCCCUUGAAAAAGGUUCUGUUAUUGCUCUGGAGUUCAAUGGAGAUGGUUCCAUAGCAGCCUGUCAAGACAUUAUUGCUAAGGUCUUCACCAGUACUAAGGUUUUUGUAUCUGAAGACAAGACAUCUGCUUCCAGAGAGGUAGACAGCUUCUAUAACUUUGCUGAUAUGCAGAUGGGAAUGUGAAACAAAUGUGACACAGAAAUGUUACUCACAGGUGAUCACAUUGACAAUUGAGAUAUAUUUAGGUUUGUAUAUCUUGUCUGCAUUGAUAGUCAAAUAUUCAAUAGUAAAUUACUUACUUUUACAAAAAGAAUAACAUUGACUGCAUUCUACAAACACCAUAUUUUUAUAAGGUGAUAUUAAGUAUAAUUUCAGUACUCAUCUCCUGUAAUGUAUAUAAUGUGAUGGCAUCCAAAGUUUUCUUGCCAGUUUUCCUGACAUCAGAAAGGUGGUACAUAUGAACAUUUGUCUUGAUGAAGGUUCAGAUGGAUUUAACUGAUUUGCAACUUCUGAAUUG